UGAAGACCAGGAUGAGCCCACCAAACGGAGGAAAUUGCCCUUGCUCUCGGCAAUACCGUCAGUGUCCACCAUGGCACCGGAGCUCAAGGGGAGAGAUAAUGGCUAUAGAUACUUAAAGCCGAGUGCACGGUUGUAGAACGAGAUUUCCUUGGUACCUCACAGCCCCAGCGGAUACUCACUAUGAAGCUUUGGUCGUCCUUGCUGCUCGGGGCGAGUCUGCUCACCGGGUCUCGGGCAACUACCGACGGUCUAACAGACCUGGUGUCCUGGGAUCCGUAUAGUUUGUCCGUGAAUGGCAACCGACUCUUCGUUUUCUCGGGCGAAUUUGCCUAUCCGAGACUUCCUGUGCCUGAACUAUGGCUUGAUAUCUUCCAGAAGAUGCGUGCCAAUGGAUUCAACGCAGCCAGUGUCUAUCUUUUCUGGAACUUUCACUCGCCCGUCAAUGGAACCUUCGAUUUCGAGACUGGCGCCCACAACAUCCAGCGUCUGUUCGAUUAUGCUCAGGAGGCUGGAAUCUAUCUUAUUGCCCGGCCAGGGCCCUAUGACAAUGCUGAGAUUAAUGGAGGCGGUCUAGCACUCCACUUGAGCGAUGGCAGCGGAGGCUCGUUGCGCACCGGCGACGCCACGUACACCGCGGCCUGGCAACCAUGGGUGGAAGAGAUUGGCAAGAUCAUUGCAGCCAACUCCAUCACCAAUGGCGGACCGGUCAUUCUUAACCAGAUUGAAAACGAGCUGCAGGAAACGACCCACAGCGCCAGUAAUACUUUGGUCCAGUAUAUGAUUAAGUUGGAGGAUGCCUUUCGGGCCGCCGGUGUCGAUGUCCCCUUCACCCACAACGAAAAGGGAAUGCGAUCCGAGAGUUGGUCCACGGACUACGAAGACGUUGGCGGUGCAGUGAACGUCUACGGUCUGGACUCCUAUCCUGGUGGCCUCAGUUGUACCAACGAAGCCACUGGUUUCAAUGUCGUCCGCACCUACUACCAAUGGUUCCAGAACUACAGUUACACCCAGCCCAGUUAUAUCCCCGAGUUCGAGGGAGGGUGGUUCUCUGCUUGGGGAGCAUCUUCCUUCUAUGACACCUGCACGAGCGAGCUUAGCCCGCAGUUUGCGGAUGUGUACUACAAGAACAACAUCGGCCAGAAGAUAACGCUUCAAAGCAUCUAUAUGACCUAUGGUGGUACGAACUGGGGUCAUCUAGCAGCGCCUGUUGUCUACACCUCAUAUGACUACAGCGCUCCAUUGAGUGAGAGCAGAGUGGUCCGGGAUAAGAUGAGCCAAACCAAGCUUAUUGGUCUAUACACAAGAGUGUCGACCGGACUGCUUACCGCCGACAUGGAGGGCAACGGAACAGGCUACACAUCCAGCACAUCUGCGUAUACCUGGGUGCUCCGGGACUCGCAAUCAGAUGCCGGGUUCUACGUUGUGCAGCAAGCGACAACCUCUUCACGCAGUUCCCUGACCUUUGAUCUGGACGUGACAACCUCCGCGGGCAAUGUUACGUUGACCGACAUCAACCUCGAUGGACGACAAAGCAAGAUCAUCUCCACCGACUACCCGUUGGGCCAUAGUACGCUUCUGUACGUGUCUACCGAUAUCGCCACCUACGGAACCUUUGGCGACACCGAUGUGGUUGUGCUAUACUCCCGGGUUGGUCAAACUGCGUCCUUUGCGUUCAAAAAUCCCGGCCGCCUCAACUUCACAGAGUAUGGGCCAUCCGUCAAUCUGACUCAGAGCUCCGGAAAUUCAACCACGCCAUCGUACACCUACACCCAGGCCAGUGGUACCAGUGUCGUUCAGUUCUCAAACAAGACGAUCUUCUACCUCCUGGACACCGAUACAGCAUUCCGAUUCUGGGCACCACCGACCACGAAUGACCCUUACGUGACUGCUGACCAGCACAUCUUUGUCAUUGGGCCCUACCUGGUCCGCAACGCCUCCGUCGACGGAAGUGUUGUCAAUCUCAUUGGAGACAACGACAACACAACUACCAUCGAGGUCUUUGCUGGCUCAUCGGUGAACACUGUGAAAUGGAAUGGCAAGCGCAUUUCCGUGACCAGAACCGGCUAUGGCAGUCUGGUCGGAUCCAUUGACGGGGCUUCCAGCACGAUCUCCCUGCCCGCUCUCAGUGGCUGGAAGGUCAAGAACUCGCUGCCCGAGCUUGACUCCGACUACGAUGACUCGAAUUGGACUGUGUGCAACAAGACUACAACGCUGAGCCCCGUGCAGCCCUCUACUCUGCCUGUUCUCUAUGCGUCCGAUUAUGGCUACUACACUGGUAUCAAGAUCUACCGUGGACGCUUUGAUGGCGCAAAUGUUACUGGCGCCAGCCUCACCGCUCAGGGGGGUGUGGGCUUUGGGUGGAAUGUUUGGCUGAAUGGUGACUUGGUUGCUACCCUGCCGGGCGAUGCUUCCGCUACCUCAUCAAUCGCGACUUUGGACUUCAGCAACCAGACGCUCAAGGAUACGGACAACCUUCUCACUGUUGUGAUCGACUAUACCGGUCACGAUGAAACCUCCACAGCCAAGGGCGUGGAAAACCCUCGUGGCCUUCUCGCUGCGACACUGACUGGUGGAAGCUUCACGAGCUGGAAAAUCCAGGGCAACGCUGGAGGAGCUGCCGGAGCUUAUGAGCUGGACCCCGUUCGUGCCCCAAUGAACGAAGGCGGACUGCUGGCCGAACGCCAGGGCUGGCAUCUUCCGGGCUAUAAGGCCCAGUCAUCGGAUGGCUGGACUUCAGGAUCUCCUCUCGAUGGGCUGAACAAAUCUGGCGUCGCAUUCUACCUAACCACAUUCACCCUCAAUCUGCCUAAGAGCUACGACGUCCCACUUGGCAUCCGCUUCACCUCCCCAUCCACCGUCAACCCCGUUCGCAUCCAGCUGUUCAUCAACGGCUACCAAUACGGCAAGUAUGUCCCGUACCUGGGGCCCCAGACUACGUUCCCAGUUCCCCCUGGCAUCAUCAACAACCGGGACAAGAAUACCAUCGGUCUGAGCGUGUGGGCCCAGACUGAUGCGGGUGCCGCCUUGGAGAACAUCGAGCUUGUCACCUAUGGUGCCUACGCGAGUGGGUUCGAUGCUGGGUCGGGCACGAGCUUCGAUAUGAACGGUGCGAAGCUGGGAUACCAGCCUGAGUGGACAGAGGCUCGGUUGAAGUAUACUUAA